AUGUUAGUGAUAAAUAUAAUAAUUAGAAGUAAGAACGGUGUUGAAUUGGUUUCAAUUGAAGAAGAUGACGGUUCGUAUGCUCGAUUUUUAAAUUUGAUUUGCAUUCAGUUUGUUUAUAAGUUUGUUUAUUCUUUGCAGAACAAAAUUAUAUGGAAAAUAAAACGUAUUUUCAUAAUACCGAGAAGACGUCAAAGAACAGAUAUUGUGUUCUUCGUUGUUUCGGUAUAAUAGUAAAAUAUAAUUUAUUUACCAAUGCUUACCCGAAUCUUUGUAUUAUUGUAUUAUUUUCAGUCACUCAAGCUGGAUGUAAACGAUGUUUUUCUAUACUAAAGUUGGUGUGUAAAGAAGCAUUUGAGAAAAUCAAUGUCGUAAGAACAUUUAUAAAACUCAAGAAGACGUUACACGUGCAUUUGUUGUUUCUAUCUUACAAACACAAGAUAUAGUAAAAACAUACUUACGCAGACUACACAGAACUCGUUUGGUUUUGGUUUUGGAGUAAAAGCAAAUAUUAUGAAAUUAAUAUUCCGGUGGGCAAGACGUUGCGUUUUUUUGAAAAUGUUUUUUUUUUUUUUUUAAGUUUUAGCUAGUUAAAAAAAACAUUGAAAAAGUCGUUAUUUAUAUACGGUAAAUUUACUGUUAUAUUCGGAGAAAAUGGAAAAACGCAACGUCUUGCCCCCAGGUUGUUCUCUUUUGAUUUUAUAAUAGGUAUUUUUACUAUAAAACGAGUUCUGUGUAGUCUGCGUAAGAAGCGUGUUUUAACUGUAUCGUGCAACAAAUGCAUGUGUACCGUCCUCUUAAUAACGAGUGUUGAAAAAUAUUUGAAUGUACCCUAAUGAUAUAAUUGUUCAUAAUCAAACACUUUCUGUGCUAUUUCCAUCAAUUUAUACUAGGUAUUAAAUAGUAUGCAAAUAAUAUGAGUACGUAAAUAUACGAGUUUAAUGAUAUGUAUAAAUUCGUACGCAAAUUUAAUGAUUACUGUAGUUGUUCAGAGGCCCUUUCGAUUAGUUCCCGAUGACAUAAAAUGGUCAAAUUUACUCCUGUCUACUUUCAGACAUUUUUUAUUAGAAUAUUAGUUUUCGACGAAAAUCGAUUUUUAAAUUUGUCUCCACCAAUUUCGCUUGGGAAAAUAAAAUUAUAGACGAUUUAAUCAUAUACAUAUGCACUCGCGGGAAAUAACGAUAGCGGGUGGCAGCGUGGACAGUAGCCGGAUGGAGGAAUGCAUACAACAGAAAGUCCUUCGAGAGCCGUUAAAGCUCAUACAGAAACAGGAUAGAAGUUCGAAAUAGCAAAAUGAUUCGCUGAAAAAAAAUAUCGAAUUCCAGCGUUAUUAUUAUCUUUUUUUUCCAACAGGUUUUUGCAUAUUAAUUAUUUAAAUGUAUGAAAAAUAUAAUAUUAUGGUAUACGUGCAAAUGUAAAUGCAAAUUUAUUAUUAUAAUAAACAAUGAUAAUUUGUAUCGACGGGGUUAAAUUCAUAUUAUUACACAGCGCACUGUUCAGAAUUCACUAUAUUAUUAUUAUAUUAUUUUGUACCGACGCGUUAAUAUUGUUAAUGAUAUCGUACCUGUACCUACGUACCCUUUUUUCGAAUUUCGGACGAAAAUCAAUUAUAUGACGAAGCCGACGUGUACCGAUAACGGUGAGUAUGUUAAUAUUAUCAUUAUCAUUAUCGUUAUAAUUAUUAUUAUUAUUGGAUACGUAUUAUAUCAUAAUAAUACAACGGUCUGGCAUUAAUUGCUCUUUCUAUACAAAUACACUAUUAUCCUGUGUGUGGGAACCGCGCGGUAAUAAUAUGAACAUAGGGGAAAAUAGCCGAAAUAUAUUGGAGGGGCGCUGAUGCCUCUAUAAUAUUGAUAUAGACUUGGUUGAUUUGGUUUGGCUGAGUUUUUAAAUAGCUAAACUACCCCUAUGUAUGCGUACUCACUAUUUGCGCCAUCGGAUAUGAUAGACGUUAAAACAUAGGUAGACGGCGCUCGCAAGUUGCAACAGAUUUCGGCUGAUCGCGCUGCGCGCGGAGUAGUCAACCAACUAUACACUACCUACGCGUUUUACCCAAAUUUCUACUGGUGAUUUUUUAGGAUAAGUAAUGUACUGUUUUCGUUUUUUUGGUAAUUCGAUAAGAAAUAAUCGUACAUAAAGACCCGAAAAAUGUUUGAAAUAUUAACAUUAAUAUUCUCCAAACGAUGACAUUUUUAAAAAUAUUUUGGCUCUACGGAUAAUUUUGAUUCAAAAACAAAAUGUAUCAUAUUAUCAAUCAGAAAUUCGAUAUUUUCACCAAUUUAUAUUUGAAUGUUUUAUAGAUGUAAGUUCGUGAUAUGGGCACAUGACGGGAAAUGUUUAGAUUGCGGGAAAACUAUAUUAACAUAUUCAACGUGCGUUUAUGGCAUUAUGUUCUGUCUCUGAAAAUAUAUCCGUAUAUUUUUUAUCUGUAGUCAAAAAGCCUCAUUCGCUUGCAAAUUGUUUUUAGAGAAACGUUACCUGAGUGGCUUCGUACUUAAAAAGAUGUCAUUUGUCGAGUUUCCUUACCCCUACAAAACGUUUCCUGGAAAUUUCGAAUAACCGAAUAAGCGACGAUGAUGAAAAGAAAUGCAUCCGAGUGUAAAAAUUGUAACGCCACCGAAUUUCUGAGAACCACGAUAUUCUUUUGCAGAACACAAUAUGGUUUUCCCUCGCUUUCAAAUUUAAAAUAAUAAUAAAAUUCUUACUAGUUCACGCCAUUGUGCGCCACCAUCCGUUCAAAAACACGGUACGCGCCUAUAAAGUUCGGAGUGUUCAAUACACUAAAGUACAUCGUUUCUGUUAACUUAGAAAUCGCGUUUUUGAAUUAUGUGUUAUAAAACGUUCUUGUAUUAUGUAAAGUACGUAUAUACCUAUAUUAUGCCACUUGUAUCGUAUUUCGGUAUUCCAACGGUUACAUUAUUGCACUUAAUCGUUGUAAUUUCACGAUUGGAUUGCUUUCCGGAUUUUUUUUUUCUUUGUUGUCUAUAUAGGUCUCUUUACGGACUAUUCGACCUCAAACCCUGUCCUCAGUCCUUUGUUCAUCAAUUUUUCUUUCCAGUUCAAACCAAAUAAUUUCCUAUUCUCUUUUAUUACAUUUUCCAACUAGAAGUAUUUUCCCACGAGGAUUCUGAUCCAUCGCCGCGUUUAUUAAAUAGCUCUCGUUCUGGCACCAACAACAAUCAAGUCCUCACCGUUUAAAUCUACUUCUCCUUAUUAUUACAUUUAUUAUACUUGUAUAUGCUGUAAAAUAGGGCCUUUAGUGUCUGCAUUCUAAUUUCCUCUGCGCUUUCCAUACCUGCAUCCAGUGGUUACCCGAAGAUUUUUCUCUCUGUUAUUAAGAAAUUUGUCUCGUCUGCUUUUCUCAGCGCGGCAAUAUCAAUGUGACUUAUUAUAAGUAAUUUUUUUUUUCAUUAAAGGCUUUUUAUUUUCUUCCUGAUUAGUUAGUGUCUAUAGUACCUAAUAAUUUAAAAUUUCUAUUGGACUAACAGUGUAUAAAACACCGAGAGUAUAAUUUUUUUUUCCUAUCUCGUAAAUAAAAUUCAUCAUAACGUAUUUCAUAUGUUCAAUGUAUUCCUAUACGUAUACGGAAUGUCACGGUUAUAAUACAUAAGUCAUGAACUAUAAGAUGCAGUAUCGUCAAACAUAUUUUGCCCGGGAAUUUACCAAAAGUAAUCGAUCCACGCCGAGAGGUAGCUGGUAUGCUCGUCGCUAAAAUAUAAUAAUAAUAAUAAUAUAUGCAGUGGCAUUAUAUUAUCAGAUAUUUCUUACGCGGUAUUCGGUGUAAAGUUAUUUUCUACAUAAUAAACUUGAUUUUCGGUCGUUAAUAUUAUUUACACGUGAACUGAAAGGCGCGGCGGCGGCUGCGGUAUCUGAAAAAGUUGAAAUUUAAUUAAAACUCUACAAACUGUGUACCUAUACCUAUACAGCUACAGUACCUAUACCUCCUACGUAUAUUAUUUCUUAGAUUCCUUGUAUAGCGUUCAUAAAUUAUUAUACUUUUUACUAUAAUCGUGCGGAGUUUAAUAAUGUUCCGCAUCUCGUUCACUGAAGUAACAAAAGUAUCUGGUUAAACGGUAAGUUCCAAUUCCUAUAAUUUCGGAAUAGUAAAAUUAAAACGAACAAUUAUUCGGUAUAUUUUCGACAUAAAAGAAAUAGACGCUUCAUUUUUAUUAUUUUUAUUUUUGUUUUUUGUUUUUAACCAAAGCAAUAUCUGGGUUAUAAAAAUUAUGUUUUACUUUUGUGCUUUGUUUUCCAUCUAUAUAAACAACUUUUCUACUAGAUAUCUUGCACCGAUUAUCGACUUUAGGGUUUGUUUUUGGUAGAAAAUGAUGUCUAGUUGGUGCAUUGAAGAAGUCUUCUUUUUAAUAAUCAGGAAUAACCGAAAAAACUGUGAAAAUGUGCACAAUAACGGUUAUCAUUAUUUUCUAUUUUUUUUUUUUUUUACCUUGUAUAUAACUACAUAAUAAAAUUAUGUUUUUUUAAAUAUUUUAAAUAUUUUUUCGUCGAGAUAAAAAAAAUGUAAGAUUUUAUCUAAUUUUUAGGUAUUUCGCAUGGUUUGUUUUAAUAAUUAUUUAUGAUAAUAUAGUAUUGAAUACCCAGUACAUAUUUUAAAUAUAAUUUUAUGCCAGUAUACAUAACAAAAUAUACACGCCAUUUGCAUAAACGAAAAUUGGUCAGUGUCUGGGAGACGUAGCUCUUCCGAAACUCAGUUAAACCCAUCCAAAUCAAGUAAACACUAAGUAUACAUAAUCAAUAGUAUAGAGUGACUUGGUGAUUAAGUGAUUGUCUUAUGCCAUGAACAUUUACCUGCGGAAGGAAAUUCCGUGCUCAUGACGAGCGACUUCUCCCCUUAUACAGUCCACCGUUGAUGGUCCAAUAACCUGACAAACCCGAAGUAGCCUUCUAAUUUAACUAUUACUGACUUCACUAUGUCUAUUUAGUGCAUUUUGCGUCUAGAUGAUGAAAUGAAAACAGUCGGUUUUUGAUGUACCGAGCAGUUUUCACCCCCAUCACCAAAUGUGAAUAACUUAUCAAGAGAUGAAGCUCUAGCGACAAGACAAAUUGAAAAAACGAAUCUCAAACGACUUGGGUUAGGACUUCAAACUCAAAAUGACGGAUAUCAGGAACAUUAAUCUAAUAAUUAUAAUUUUAGAAGCAUUUCAAAUUAAAAUUUUUUAGAUCGCAAAAAUUACAGCAUUUUAAAAUAUGUAUAACCGAACUCCAAACGUCACUCGUUAUACCAAUGAUUUAUCGUUUCAUAUAGUGUCCCCCACCUUCUCAACUUCUGACCUACUUAAAAACAAUUUUUUUAGUCUACAAUUUAUUAUAGUUUAUACACUAAAAUAACCAUGAUAUUAUUAUACAGCUAUAUAUUUUAACAAGAUAAAACUAAUAAAAGACGAACAUACUUCACACCACAGGUGAACAUCUGUUUUAGGUGAGAAGUUGGGUAGUUAAGAUAUAGAAAGAAAUUUAAUUUAUAUUUCUAAUACAACGGAUAACCAUUGCUAACGAAAAAUAAUUCUAAGUGGAACUCGAUCAGUAGUAUUACUUUUCAACAAUUUGCGUUUUCAAGACAAUAACAAUAAUUAUUUAAAAAAGAUUAUACGAAUUUUUAAAAUAAUAAAAACCUAAUAAUAAUAAAAUAAUAAUAAAUCGGUUGCCAAUGACAACCUUAUUUUAGAUUCUGAGCGGAGCGAGGAUUGUAUUGGUUUCAUAAUGAUGUUUAUAUUUUUUUUUAUGUGAACACUUUUACUAUCAAAAAACUUACUCCGUUUAUCAAGUAUGGCACCUUUUUAAUCUUUUGAAAGAUCAAAAAUAAGGUUGUCAUUGGUAACCGUUUUAUUUUAUUUUUUAUUGUUAUUAAGUUUUUAUUAUUUUAAUGUAUUAACCAUUUUCAAACAAUUACUGUUUUCAUGGAAACGCACAUUGUUGAAAAUGUAAUACUAUAAGACCAAAGUAUAUUAAAAUAAAAUAAAUUUCGAUUUCAAUACAUUUUUUUAACUAUCAAUCUUUAUAUUAUUUUCCUUUAUACUUAAACACUAUCAACUGUAAUCCAUUCAAAAUCGUUUUUUUGUUAGUAAUGGUUUAUCGUUGAUUACAGAUAUACAUUAAAUUCCCUUCUGUAUCCUACCUUCUCAACUUCCCACCUACAACAGUGGCUGCACCCACGUGCAACGUAUGUCCGUCUUUUUAUUUAUUUUUUUUUUUAGCCUAAAGAAACAGUUUUUCUUUUAUCUCGAAUAUUAAUGAUAAUUUCAAAAAAUGACCUUUUUAAAGUACCAACUAAAGCCAAAGUGCAACAAAAAAAGGUCUCCUGUAAUUUUUUGAUUGGAGGAAAAUUUCUAAGAGAAAUGUACAAAAUUCGCUCAGAAUCUAAAAAACAAAUCAAAGCCAAUAUGAAGUUUAAUUAA